AAAAUCCUCCAGGAUUUAUGCACUCAUCGCUGGUCGUCGUAUCACCAAGAGUGUGCGAGAGCUUGAUCAUUGGGGCAAAGUGAACACUAGGACCAAUCGUCUCAAAAUGAACAACGGGUUGAAAAUCGCCAUACUUGUCUCUGCGUUGGGCGCACUUGUGGUCAUCGUCGCGUCCGUGCUUGGCUUCCGUGUGCUGCCCGACGUGAUCAAGAGCAGGAUUGAAGAUGAAAUUGCGUUGAGACCGCUUUCAAGCACGUGGGAUAGUUGGUCCGACAUUGACAGGCCACUUUACAUGAAUGUCUACAUUUUAAAUGUGACCAAUCCCAACACAAUAAAUACUGAUGGGGCUCCCACGUACGCGCAAGUGGGACCUUACGCGUUCAGACAAAGGAGGAGAAAGAUCAACCUGAGUCAGGCCGACGGAGAAAGGUUGGUCACCUACGAGCAAAAGACGUACUACUUUUUCGACCCAGAAGUUUCUGGAAGUAAUCUGCGAGAGACGGACGAAAUCAAUAUUCUCAACCUUCCCUUCUACGGAUUCAUAGGCGCAAUGUACAGAGAGACCAUCGGAAUUCCUGGCUUUGUCGACCACAUCGCCAACAACAUUCUGCCAAACGAGAAACUCACGCGACCCAUAACCGUAGGUCAACUCAUGUUUGAUGGCUUAAAUGCUACGUACCUGAUAGAAGCCAUAAGACCUAACCAAACCAUUCCCCCAGCCGAUCAAAUAAUUUUUGGCCUAUAUCUCGGGACGAACGGGACGAGCGACAAUAUAGCCUACAAAAUUCACACUGGUGUCGGGGACAGCAGCGUGUUUGGAACGAUCGUGACUGUCAAUGGCUCUACGGACCUCGGUUUCUGGAACCCGCUGUCCGAGUGCGACGCGGUGAAGGGGACUGACGGCUCUAUCUUCCCCCCUUUCGUGACCAAGGGAAGAACUGUCGAGAUUUACAGUAGUGACAUUUGCCGCUCGCUUUACCUCCGAUAUGACAAGGAAGAAGAGGUGAAGGGGAUCAAAGGCUACAGGUUCACGGUGCCUAAAGAGGCUUUAGAAGACCCCAGAACCAACAAGGACAACAUGUGCUACUGCUCCCCACAGGACCAGGCUUUAAAUGCGUGUCUGGGCGCGGGAACGAUAGACGUUUCCGCCUGCAAAGGUUCUCCCUUCGUAAUGUCCACGCCGUUCUUUCUUGAUGGGGAUGAAAAGUACUCCGCCAAAACUGGACUAAGGCCAGCGAGAGAUUUGCAUGAAACUGCGCUAGUCAUAGAACCGAAUUCUGGAGCUCUGUUAAAAGCGAAUAAACGAAUUCAGUUGAAUUUUAAUUUUAAACAAUUUCCAAACACGUCGAUCAAUGCAUUCAGAAAUAUUGAAAACAUGAUUUUCCCCAUACUUUGGAUCGACGAGAGCAUGGAAUUUACCGACGACAACGCAGAGGAUCUCAAGGACGAGCUAUUGAAUCCCAAAAAAGCGAUCGAAACGUGGCGAUGGGUGGUCCUCGGUGUGGGCAUAGGUCUGAUUCUGGGAGGAAUGGGCAUCUACGUGUGGAAGGGAUAACUCAAUCUUCCCCUCGUUAUGCUUCGUUACUAGUGAUAUUUACUAUGCGAACUAAUAAUCUAGCUGUGUUUGUUAAUUAUUCAUAAUUAUGAAGCAACGGGAGAUUCGAACACCAUACGUAAUAAAACUCGCUAAUCAAAUUAA